CAGGCGCCUCGGCCGGGCUCUCAGUGCGCUCGGGGCGGUGCCGGCGCUCGGAGUGUUUGGGGCCGGUGGAGCGACGGGCGGGCCCGGCAUGGGGGUGAGGUAGGGCCGGCCUGGCGCACGGAACGAGCGCAGCCGGCUGUUGGGACCGGGUAUACGCGGCGGUGGGACGCGGAGCCGGGCGGAGGAUGGAGGACAAGAAGGAGGAGGGCGAGGCGGAGAUCCAGGAGCACGGGCCCGAGCACUGGUUCAGCAAGUGGGAGCGGCAGUGCCUGGCUGAGGCCGAGCAGGAGGAGGCGCUGGCGCCGGAGCUGCAGGACGAGGCGGCGGCGCAGCCCGAGCACAAGCAGCAGAAGCUCUGGCACCUCUUUCAGAAUUCGGCCACCGCCGUGGCGCAGCUCUACAAGGACCGGGUGUGCCAGCAGCCGGGGCUCUCCCUCUGGGUCCCCUUCCAGAACGCCGCCACUGCGGUCACCAACCUCUACAAAGAGAGUGUGGAUGCCCACCAGCGAAGCUUUGAUUUAGGAAUUCAGAUUGGCUAUCAGCGUCGGAAUAAGGAUGUGCUAGCCUGGGUUAAAAAACGCAGAAGAACUAUUAGAAGAGAAGACUUGAUCAGCUUCCUUUGUGGAAAAGUCCCUCCUCCAAGAAAUUCUAGAGCUCCCCCAAGACUGACUGUAGUAUCCCCUAACCGAGCUACUUCAACAGAAACUAGCUCGUCUGUAGAGACUGAUUUGCAACCCUUCCGUGAAGCCAUAGCUCUGCAUGGUCUUAGUGGUGCAAUGGCUAGUAUAAGUGUUCGCUCGAGUACCCCUGGCUCGCCUACUCACGUGAGCAGUGGCUCCAAUGCUAGUCGAAGGAGAAAUGGACUCCAUGAUGUUGAUUUGAACACUUUCAUAUCAGAAGAAAUGGCACUCCACUUGGACAAUGGUGGAACUAGAAAGCGUACCUCAGCCCAGUGUGGCGAUGUCAUUACAGACUCACCAACUCAUAAACGCAACAGAAUGAUCUAAACUGCAAAAAUUUCAAACCCACCAUGCUGCUUGAAAGCCACUUGAUCCUCAGAGUACUAUUGAAAAGGAAACAUGAGGCCAUCUUUCCAUAUUCACUGUUUAAGACAAAGAAUUCACUAAAUGCCAUAAAGAAAAUUUUAGAUAUUACAUUAGAUGCCUCUUGUAACUGCGGCUUUCUUAAACUAUAUUCUUAGCAGAGGACAUCAGAUAUUGUGUAGUAGUUAGCAAGAUCAUCAUAGGUGAACAUGUAUCUGUUCCAAGGCUAAAAGUGACCUUACUUGUAUUAUUAAAGGGAAAGGAAAUUUCAGAUGUUUAUUUGGCUAUAGAAUUCUUUUUUUUGUCCUUUAUUUCCUGCUUUGAGUAUUUGCUUAAACAGUAUUGCCAGUUUGACUGAAAUUGUCUACAACAUGACUUGGCAUCUUUGUCAAAACUGCAGGCUUCCAUUUUUGCAGCACUGUACCAUGCACCUAGUUUCUGUAUAGUAACAGUGUGCAAUUUAUAAAUAUUGGACUGUACCCUUUUUAGUUUUAAAAGCAGUUGAUAAUUCUGGUGAUUGUGUGAUAAUGUAAAGAGGUGCUAUGAUGGUCAUGCAAUUAAUACUUAAUAUUGAAUCAAUACAAGGAUCUUUAUUGGAUUCACUUUGUGUGUUCUAGUGCUCUGAAGUAGCAAUAUUAAACUUUCCCCAAUUAACUUCAUAGGCUUUUAAAUCAGUUUGAGAAAAUAUAUGUACUUAUUGGUAUUAUCCUUGUGGUAAUCAUACACAGUGCAGACUGCACCAGUGCUGACCUAAAUUUAGAGAAAAAUGUCCUGUAAUUGGAAAAUAGGCUUUUCUGUUCAGUAUUAGUGAAGGGUAGGUUUUGUGUACACCCAUAUCCUAUUUUACAUUUCUUGUGAAGUAAUUGCCCAUUGCUGGGGAGGGGUGGGAGGAGAGGGAAUGUGGGGAAUAGUUGGAAAAGGGGUGUGUUCUAACAAGUAAGACUUCUGGUCACAUGUGGAAACUUGGACUAACUUAAACAAGAUUCUGUUAUGCCAUCCCCUUCAGGAGGGAGUGACAUGCAGGUUCUGUGAAGUGCUAAGAAAAUAAUUUAAAACUGGAAGUUGAUUAUAAAACUCUGGAUAUACAUGCUGUAAGCAUGAAUUGAAAAGGAUAAAUGGCUUUCUUUUUGUGUUUAGCUUACGUUCAUAGGAUUGAACUCUGGCUGCCGUAACUUAAGCAUAGUCUAAAACUGAACUAGAGAUCAAGACUGAUCUAGAUCUGCUGCAAAUCUGUUUCUGAAUGGGGAAGGACAGAUGUCAGUCUCAGAGUGUCCUGACUAUUUUUUUAUGUGGAGGGAGAAAGUAUUUGGUGGAGAGCUCUGGUGGAGAAUAAGAAAAUGAAGAGCUCCAACCCUGCACGUUGGGAAAGGGGUAUUUAGAGAGGUGGGAUGCAUGCUUUAACUGGAAGCAUUGGCUGAUCCUGGGAUUAAAUGUAACUAUGCUAGAUUCCCAGUAUGAAAAAUUGUGGUUUCUGGUGAAGUUAAGGCACUUGAGCUCCAUGUUAAUACACAGCUCUUCAAGACUUUUGCUUAUGUGCUUGUAGCGUCAGAUCUCUUUUGUAUUAUCUUUGCUGUUUGAAGCAGACUUCUCUGUAGGUUUGCCCUUUUUACCUUGGUGCCCUCAUUGUUGUCUGUAGUCAAGGCAAGACAGCAAUGCUGUGUGAGAUACUCAAGGCUCUCUACUUGAGCGUGAUUUCCUUGCCUUGUGGUGCUUCCAUCACAUUUCUUUACACCCAAGAGCCCUUGAAGAUGUCAGCAGUUGCACAGUACUGUAGUGAGAGGCUCUGUAGUUCAUGGACAGCUGUCACAACUGUCCAGAGCAAAGUGGUAAGAACUGCUCCAGCCCCCACCUGUGUUACAUAGCUGAACUUGCACAUCACUUGAAGACUCAGUAUACAUUAAUUUCAGUUACUGCUAUUAACUACAAUUCAUAAGGUUUAGUUUAUGUGAAAUGUUAAUACUGCAUAAAGCUAGUUUUCAUUUGGGGACUGCAUUUUCAGCAAAGAUUUUGAAGAUGGUAUCUGAAUAUACAUUAGUAUUUAUUAGACUGUUGGCAGAGGGAUUUUUUUGUUCUAAAAGAAAGGUGGAGUCCUGAACAGAAAGGACAGGUAUGAGAACCAUUCUUCAGCUCUUCUGUUUAUUUUUUAACUGGCUUGUACAAGUAAGAUGCUUAUGCUCUGCAACUUCUAACACACUUUAUUCUUGAUAUGGUACAGGUGACAUCGUACUGGUAUCAGUUCUGCACACAGGCACUGAACUGUACUAGUGCUGCUGGUCUAGCCCAAAUACAGAGCCUGUUUAAAUUACUUCUCCCCUUUCUUGCAGUGAAAUAAAUUUUGUUAAUGCUCUGAAGCAUUAAUUCAGUCUAUUGCCAUCUAAAACUAAAUUUGUCUGGCUUCCUAUUUAAUUUGUGCCAUUUUUCUUUGAAAGAAAGCAGACUUUGAUAUUAAACUGGGUGCAUUAAUGUUUUUUUGCUUGUACCUUAAAUAUUUGGCAACUUUUGAUUGUUUCUAAUUUAGCCCCAACUGUUGUUUGCUCUUUGACCUCUGCCAGAAUGAUCAAAAAUGCAUGUAUUCACCUGGUAAACACAGGAGAAUAGGUUGUCUCUUUAAAAAAAAAAAAAAAAAAAUAAAAAAAGUCCAGUACCUGUUGCUUUGAAGACUAUUUCUUGUGCCAGUGUAGAAAACUGAUGUUCUGGAAAUAGCUCUCAGCUAUUAUCCAAAGUGUAGCUCCUGGAGCCAGAAGUGAGUUGAUUUUCAUUAAGGAACACUGACUGGAGAGCUGUUUAGUUUGGUAAAAAUGGUGCUUACUUUUGCUUUCUCCUCUGACUCGUGCAGUUGCCCGGUCUCUUCUCCAUGUACAUCCAAUCUAACCUGAAUGUGCGGCAGUUACAUAAAGUACAUCCUGCACUGAAGCUACUGAGCUUGGCUUGCUUAUUAAUGAAGUAAGUUUUAAAUGUUCAAUUUAAAUCUAUAUUACAAUAAAGUAAUGCAAAAAUGAUUUUGGUUGAAAUUGAAGUCCUGCAGUUAAACUUACUUUCAAAUGUGGUUUACCCAGCUGGAGUAAUAGAAACUCUUAAGUCAUAAUAAACCUAAUAAAAAAAAAUACAACUAA